AUUUAAUCUCCUUACACAGUUAACGUACAACACCUUUUGACAGCGAAGUAUUAACAAACGUUUAAAUACAACGUUAGACGGCAGUCUCGGCAUUUGGCUGUCCGGUCCAUGCAAUGCUUGCUUGCUUUAUCUUUUCAUCCGCUACAGAAAGUUACUUUUGCUACUUCAUUUUGGUCAAAAGGUGACGUUAGUUAGUGAAGCUAGUUCCGCCUCGCCCCCCCCCCCUCCCCCCUCUAAUGGACAGCGGCGACAAGUGUCAAAAGUAAUCCGGGACGAGAAACGACGAGGUACAGACCGUCUGGAUACACUUCCACGCGAGGUAUCCGGAUUCACUGUAAAGGUGUGCCGUAUCACCUUGCGGGUUUCCGGCCCGGAACCAGUAUUGAAAGCUACAUUUCACGUACAGCGUUAAUGGGGAAGACUUUAUCAAUGAUCCUCAGUAGAACGGAAUCCAGAGAGAAACGGUGCUCCUCCGUUCCUAAAGAAGUCCAGCUGAUAAGAAGAAGCUACUGACUGCUGAGUUUGGAACACUGAUGGAAAAUCCUGACGAUGAGGUCGACCUGCAGCACAGCACCACAGGGGGUGAAGAAGGAAACUCUGGUGGGGGAACACCUCCGACCAAACGCAAAGGCAAGUUCUCCAAGAUGGGGAAGAUCUUCAAGCCCUGGAAAUGGAGGAAGAAAAAGCCAAGUGAGAAGUUUGCUGAAACAUCGAUAGCCUUGGAAAGAAGAAUUUCUGUUAGAAAAAGUCGCCAAGAGCUGAUUGCCAGAGGCGUUUUAAAGGAUGUCCCAGAAAAUGAGAGCAGCAACGACGUGAAUCACUCCAAAGCGCCGCCGGUGAAGAACGGGCACCCCGUGGACGCGGACAAGACGUCUGAGCCCGUGCGAGUGUCCCGAGGGGAAUCCGACCUCAAGGUGACCACCCUCCGGCUGCCCCAAGUAGACGAGCGCCGAGGCCGAGCGCCGUCAGACGCCUCCCGCAGUAACCGGGCGCCGCUGGACGUGGACUCCCACGUGCGCCUCUCCGCGGACAUGGACAAACGGAGCCGCCUCCCCUCAGACGUCGAUAAGAGGGCGGGAUCGUUGCCCCGAGGACCUCCGCAGGACGACCGAUACCGCAGAGAAGAGAAGCGGGACGACCGGGAGGACAGAGGAAGAAAGACUAGGGAGGACGCAGAAAGGAGGGACUUGCGAGAGGAAAAAGAACGGGACGGGGGAGUCGAGCGGAGAGACAGGCGAGAGUGGAAGGAUGACAGGGAGAGGAAAGACGACAGAGCGGAGAGAGACAAUAGGGAAAGACGAGACCGCGAGGAGAGGGAAAGGAAGGACCGGGACGAAAAGGAGCGCCGAGACCGGGACGAGAGGGAGCGUCGGGACGAAAAGGAGCGCCGAGACCGGGACGAAAAGGAGCGCCGAGACCGGGACGACAGAGAAAGGCGGGACGACAGGGACAAAGAUAAGGAUCGGCGGGUCGAGAGGGACAGGAGAGAGAACCGAGAUCCAGAAGACCGGGAGAGGAAAGACGACCGAGACAGGCGAGACGACCGAGAGAGAAAAGAGGAAAAGGACAGACAUGACGACUGGGCCAAGAGGAACGAAAGAGAGCGGCGAAAUGAGCGGGACAAGAGGGAGGAGAAGGAGAGGAGGGAACAGCCGGAGCCUCAGCGGCCUGCGGAUGAGCCGCGGCCAAACGGCAGGCACGUCCCCGAGGUGGACUUGCGCCCCCCCCUCCAGAAGUCCUCCUCGGAGGACAACAAGAGGGCACGCGCAGCCUCCGAGGCCGACAAGAGGACGUCUCUGCCCAGAUACAGUCAGGCUACAGAGUUCAGAGACCGCUCAGAGUCCGUUGGCGUCCACUUCACCCCAGAACCUCGUCCACCAAAAGACUCUCAGCAUGAACUCCCAUCAAGCAGACAGGCGCUGCAACCCCCUAAAUUUCUUACUGCUGCUCCCACCUCUUCUUCGUCUUCGUCCUCUUCCUCCUCAUCCUCUUCCUCCUCUGUUGCCGUGGCGAAGCCCCCAAGGACAGUGUCCCUCAUAGUUGAGGACCUGCCGCGACCAGCUUCUUCGGCGGACUCCGACCCGCCGCCGGUCCCCCCCCACGCCAAGCAGCCCCCCGUGCCGCCUCCCAAACCCACCCACCGCAACAGCAGCCCUGCACUGUUUGCUUCCUCACUGAACAGGGGCUCUAAGGUCAGGCCGCCCCCUCAUUGGACCUGCUGGAGGCGCCAGAGCGAGCAGGGCCUCUACCUCUCUCUCCCUGUGUACCUGCCUCACAGAGCCUCCCAGGCCCGCUCAGCUGAGCUCACGCAGCCCGUCAGUGGUGUCAUCAUAGUGCCGGCGCACGGCAAGCGCUCGCCACCAACGCCCCCGAAGAGAAUGACCCCCGUCACCAAGCGCCAUUCCGAUGACCCAUCGCCUCCCAAUCCGGACCCGAAGCCUCCCACCACGGCCCCAGCUCCGCUCCCCGUGCCGGUGCCCCCUGCUGGCCCGAAAGGAGACGGCAACGAGGAACAGGCGAACGCAGCCACGCGCCAAACCUCCGCUGAGUCUCCGCCGUCACCGCCAACCCACAUACCCCCAUCUCCUCCCCGGGUUCAGUCCCUCCAGCAGCCCAGCAAACUUCCCACUGGUCCCGCGCCACCCGUGAAAAUCGAUCCCCCCAGCCCGACCACCGAGCCUCCCAGCCAGCCUCCCGCCAUCCCCCUGCACAUCCUGAUCCAGAGAGCGCUAAAAAGCCCCUCCCCGGCGCAGGCCAACCCCGACGGCUCCCAGAGGGCCCACUCGCUGCUGUUUGAGCCUCCUCCAGAAUUCCUCACCGAGUUGGGGGGCAACUCGCGCCACUCUCUCCCCGUCACCAUUGAGCCUCUCCGGCUGCAAGAAGACGACGACUUCGACAUGGAGGAGGAGCUGCAGAAGCUUCAACCCAAGAGGCUUCCUCGCCAGCCCGAUAUGGAGCCCCGCAGCAGAAGGGGUUUAGUGGGAGACCCCCGAGUGAGUGUCAUCCACGAGGUGGGAGGCCCCAUGGACGGCGAGGAUUCAGACUCUGACGGGCCCGUCCUGUACCGCGACGAAGAGGAGGACGAAGAGGACGAGGACGACCCUCCUACAGGUGGGCUGGCAGGUCGUGUCAAGAGGAAGGACACGUUGGCCUUGAAGCUGGAAAAGCAAGAAAGAGAGGAACGGGAAUCUCAGGAGAACCAGGACAGCAUGAGUUGGCAAAACAGGGAGCAGUGGAUGGCAGUGAAGAACAAGAUCGGCACGGCACUGACGAGGCGGCUGAGUCAGAGACCAACAGCGGACGAGUUGGAGCAGAGGAACAUCCUUCAAGCCAAGAAUGAAGAUGAUCGGCGAAUGGAGCGAUCCGAGAUCAAACGGAGGCUAACGAGAAAGCUGUCCCAGAGACCCACAGUGGCUGAACUCCAGGAGAGGAAGAUCCUGCGUUUCCACGAGGACGUGGAGAGCACACACGCGCACGACUACGACCGGCGAGCAGAUAAACCGUGGACCAAGCUCACGCCUGCUGACAAGGCUGCCAUCCGCAAGGAGCUCAAUGAAUUCAAAAGCUCGGAGAUGGAGGUUCACGAAGACAGCAGGAUCUAUACCAGGUUCCAUCGGCCUUAGCUCGCCCCUGCUGACCAGUAAAGCACUUACACUGGGACUGGCGAGGAGUCUCUCUCCUCACUGUGAGCCGAGCACGUGGCCCAUUUGGUCCGGGUUUUUUUUUUUUCUUUGUUGUUAUUGUUUGGAAACCGAGGUGAAAAAAAAAGCCACAGUCCAGCCUCAGAGAGGCUCCAGUUCUCAGGACUGUGGCAUUCAGGGACCGGAGGAGUUAGUUGGUGCAUCCACAACGGAGGUACCGUGUGCCAACACUAAAAGAGGGAGAACCUCGCGCCCUCUGCCGGGGAAGGGGGGGGGGGGCUCCGACAGACUUGGAUUGGACUGAAAGGAGACCAGUCCGAGGGUGAUCACACUGUGUCCCUCAGGGGAAAGCGUUCUCCACAUGCCUUCACCCGCCUUUACCUUCUACUUCCUCUUUGUUGCAAAACACAACUACGCACGUAGGAGAUCACUGUAGUUUCGAUGGUACCACCAAACCGCUGUGAACUGCGCUUUACGCGUUGGGUACUACAGAUGUCUACGCCGCAACCUGCCUUACUUAUUUAAGGUUCACACAAAAAUGUGACCGCUUCCGUACAGCAGUGUGUUUUCUAUUUAAGGCUCAGUUGUAGCUCUAUUUGAUUUGAAUCAAAAGGUUUGAGCCUCCAUAGCGCUGAUUCCUACCUAAUAUUUGAAAGUGUGCAUUUUACUGUAUGUUGUUCAUUUAAAUGAUUCUCAUGGAGCACGUGUCACUACAAUUUCUUUCUAAUAAGGCACUUUAUGUUCCUUAAUAGGGAGUGUAGAGAAUUCAAUAGUUUGGAGCCUAUAAUUCUGUUUAUAAAUGAAAUAUUCAAGCAGGAAAAUGUACAUAUUUUUAUUUUCCUGGCUAUUUUAUGGUACUUUAUAUAUGCACGUCCAUAUUUGGCUGCAACUGUAUAGAUGUGUAGAUGUGAUAGACUUUAUAUUGUACAUCCACAUUAAUGCUGACAUGUUUUAAUUGUAAAGUAUUUCUCAAAUGUGUUUCCGUAGUAAUGGUACAAAAUGUUUCCCUUUUUUUUUUUUUGAUACAGAGAUCUUUAAAACCUUUUUUGCAAAGCACACUGGAUAAAUGAACAAUCCACUUUGGAAAUUAAAAUAUUCUGUGAUUUUCA